AUCGCGAACAUGGCGCCUGAGCGAGUGCGGAGCCGUGCGCUCUCGGCUUUCAAGUUGCGCGGCUUGCUACUCCGAGGUGAAGCUACUAAGUACCUGACAGAAGUUCUUCAGUCUGUCAACGAAUUAGAGCUUGAAGACACUCUGGAAAAGAUCAUUGAUGCAGUUGAAAAGCAGCCCUUGUCAUCCAACAUGAUUGAACGAUCCGUAGUAGAAGCUGCAGUCCAGGAAUGCAGCCAGUCAGUUGAUGAAACUAUAGACCAUAUUUUCAAUAUCAUUGGAGCCUUUGACAUUCCACGUUUUGUGUACAACUCAGAAAGAAAAAAAUUUCUUCCUCUAAAAAUGACCAACCAUCCUGCACCAAAUUUGUUUGGAACAGCUAGAGAUAAAGCUGAGCUGUAUCGUGAACGCUAUACCAUUUUGCACCAGAGGACUCAUAGACAUGAAUUAUUUACUCCUCCAGUGAUAGGUUCGCACCCUGAUGAAAGUGGAAGCAAAUUUCAGCUGAAAACUAUAGAAACUUUAUUGGGUAGUACAACCAAGAUCAGAGAUGUGAUUGUCCUUGGAAUGAUAACCCAGUUGAAAGAGGGGAAAUUUUUUCUGGAAGAUCCUACUGGAACAGUACAACUGGAUCUUAGUAAAGCUCAGUUCCAUAGUGGUCUGUACACAGAGGCGUGCUUUGUCUUAGCAGAAGGUUGGUUUGAAGAUCAUGUGUUUCAUGUGAACGCUUUUGGAUUUCCACCUACAGAGCCCUCUAGUACUACUAGGGCAUACUAUGGAAGUAUUAACUUUUUUGGCGGUCCUUCUAAUACAUCUGUGAAGACUUCUGUAAAACUAAAACAAUUGGAAGAAGAGAAUAAAGAUGCCAUGUUUGUGUUCAUAUCUGAUGUCUGGUUGGACCAAGUAGAAGUACUAGAAAAACUUCACACAAUGUUUUCUGGUUACUCACCAGCACCACCAACCUGCUUUAUUCUGUGUGGUAAUUUUUCAUCUGCACCCUAUGGGAAAAAUCAAGUUCAAGCUUUCAAAGAUUCCCUGAAAACUUUGGCAGACAUAAUAUGUGAAUACCCAAAUAUUCACCAAAGUAGUCGUUUUGUGUUUGUACCUGGUCCGGAGGAUCCUGGAUUUGGAUUAAUCUUACCAAGGCCACCACUUGCUGAAAGCAUCAUUCGUGAGUUCAGACAAAAGGUUCCGUUUUCAGUUUUUACCACUAAUCCUUGCAGAAUUCAGUAUUGUACACAAGAAAUUAUUAUUUUUCGUGAAGACUUAGUGAAUAAAAUGUGCAGAAACUGUGUCCGUUUUCCUAGUAGCAAUUUGGAUAUUCCUAAUCAUUUUGUAAAGACUAUCCUAUCCCAAGGACAUCUUACUCCUCUGCCUCUGUAUGUCUGCCCAGUGUACUGGGCGUAUGACUAUGCACUGAGAGUGUACCCUGUACCUGAUGUACUGGUCACCGCAGACAAAUACGACCCUUUCACUAUAACGAAUACCGAGUGCCUCUGCAUAAACCCUGGCUCUUUUCCAAGAAGUGGAUUUUCAUUCAAAGUGUAUUAUCCUUUCAAUAAGACAGUAGAAGAUAGCAAACUUCAAGGCUUUUGAAAUCCAUCUGAAGAAAGACCACUAUUCUGCUUACUUUUAAUCUUAUGUAAUUUUGGUAUUAAGUUAUAAUAAAAUUGUGGCAAACUUUA